AUGCCCAACUAUGUGAAGUUUUUGAAAGAUAUUUUAACUAAAAAGAGGAGGCUCGGUGAGUUUGAAACAGUGGCGUUGACUGAAGGGUGUAGUGCCAUAUUGAAGAGUAAAAUUCCUCCUAAAUUGAAGGAUCCGGGCAGCUUCACAAUUCCUUGUUCUAUUGGUGGUAGAGACGUUGGUGGAGCACUUUGUGACUUGGGGGCUAGUAUCAAUUUGAUGCCCAUGUCAAUUUUCAAGAAGUUGGGGAUUGGAGAAGCAAGACCAACUACAAUAACUUUGCAAUUAGCGGAUCGUUCUAUGGCGCACUCGGAAGGAAAAAUUGAAGAUGUACUUGUGCAAGUUGACAAAUUCAUCUUUCCGGCUGAUUUCAUCAUCCUUGAUUAUGAAGCGGAUAGAGAUUUUCCGGAUGAGGUUGAGGAAUGUAAUUGGCUAAGUGUAAUUGAGUCUAUUGUUGCUGAAAAAUUCCACAAGGAAGCUUGUAAAGAUGGAGUGGGGGUGAGGUCACUUGAAGAGCUUGAAAGCUUAAGUAAAGAGGAAGAAAGCCAAGUUACAUAG